AACUGGAUCCCUCCUGGGCCAUCCCUUUUGCAGGAUGGAGCUGAUGGAGAAGGAGCCACAUCCCAGCGACAGGGAAACUCCUUGGAAGCAGCAGGAGCAGCUCAGCUACUGCAGCCCCUGCGGGUGCCCAGCUGCAAGGGGGGGCUUUGCCUCCAGGGACUCCAGUGGAGGGGGAGGCAGCACAUGCUGUUCCCUGGCACAGCCUAAUCCCGGAUCCCGGUGGAGGUUUCCGUGUGCUGUCUCUCGGCCCUGCUUUUGGAGUGGAGUUUUACCAACAGCAGGCAAAUGCCAUAGGAUGACCGCUGCUGGUCCCCUCUUACUGGCUGUGAUAUCGACUCUCCUGUGGCUCACGCGGGGCUUCGAUCCCGCUCCCAGUGCCUGCUCUGCCCUGGCCUCCGGUGUCCUCUACGGCUCCUUCUCCCUCAAGGACCUCUUCCCAACCAUCGCCUCCGGCUGCUCCUGGACCUUGGAGAACCCCGACCCCACCAAAUACUCACUCUACCUCCGCUUCAACCGGGAGGAGCAGGUCUGCACCCACUUCUCGCCCAUGGUGCUGCCACUCGACCAUUACCUGGCCAACUACACCUGCGACCCCCGCGGCGAGGCUGCCAGCCCCCCGCCGGCCACGCGGCGCCCCGAGGACGAGCAGGAGCAGGAGGAAGCGGAGCUGGAGCUGUGCGAGGGCGCGGGGCCCUUCACCUUCCUGCACUUCGACAAGAACUUCGUGCAGCUCUGCCUGGCGGCCGAGCCCGAGGCUGCCCCGCGCCUCCUGGCCCCGCAGGCGCUGGAGUUCCGCUUCGUGGAGGUGCUGCUCAUCAACAACAACAACUCCAGCCAGUUCACCUGCAGCGUGCUCUGCCGCUGGCUGGAGGAGUGCCUGCAGGCGCCCGGCGCCCGCCGCUGCGGCUUCACGCACGCCGGCUGCAGCUGCCAGGCCGAGCCCCCGGCCGCACCGCGGCACAACGGCACCCGGCACGGCCCCCGCGGCCCCGCCGCGCCGCCCGCCACCGCCUGCUGCCCCACGGACCUGCGCUCCGGCGAUGCCGACGGCCUCGACCUGCCCGACGCGCGGCACGGCAAUGCAGUUGAGGAGAACCAGAAAGUGAAAACCCAGUGGCCACGGUCAGCAGAUGAGCCGGGUGUCUACAUGGCCCAGACAGGGGAUCCAGCAGCAGAGGAAUGGUCCCAAUGGAGCGUCUGCUCCCUGACGUGCGGGCAGGGCUCCCAGGUACGGACACGCUCCUGCGUCUCCUCGCCCUACGGGACGCUGUGCAGUGGGCUCCUCCGGGAGACACGGACCUGCAAUAACACAGCCACAUGCCCAGUUCACGGCGCAUGGGAGGAGUGGUCCCCGUGGAGCCUGUGCUCGGUGACCUGCGGGCGAGGGGCCAGGACCAGGACGCGGCGGUGCGUGGCCCCGCGGCGCGGAGGGAAAGCCUGCGAGGGCCCCGAGCUGCAGGCCAAGCCCUGCAAUAUCGCGAGCUGCCAGGUGGAAGGGCAGUGGCUGGAGUGGGGCGCCUGGAGCCGCUGCUCCGUCACCUGCGCCAACGGCACGCAGCAGCGGACGCGCAAGUGCAGCGUCUCGGCACACGGCUGGGCCGAGUGCCACGGGGCACACGCCGACGCACGGGAGUGCUCCAACCCCACCUGUCCCACAGACAGCAAGUGGGGCCCCUGGAACCACUGGAGCCUCUGCUCCAAGACCUGCGACACGGGCUGGCAGCGGCGCUUCCGCAUGUGCGAAGGCACGGGCAUGCAGGGCUACCCCUGCGAGGGCUCUGGCGAGGAGGUGAAGACCUGCAACGAGAAGAAGUGCCCAGCCUACCAUGAGAUGUGCAAGGACGAGAACGUGAUGCUGAUGACCUGGAAGAAAACGGCUGCAGGGGAGAUCAUCUACAACAAGUGUCCCCCCAAUGCCACGGGGUCUGCCAGCCGCCGGUGCCUGCUGAGCCCCCAUGGUGUUGCCUACUGGGGCGUCCCCAGCUUCGCCCGCUGCAUCUCCCGCGAGUACCGAUACUUGCAUCUCUCACUGCGGGAGCAUCUGGCCAAGGGGCAGCGGGUGCUGGCAGGCGAGGGCAUGUCGCAGGUGGUGCGGAGCUUGCUGGAGCUCAUGGCCCGCAAGACCUACUACAGCGGGGACCUGCUGUUCUCCGUGGAGAUCCUGCGCAACGUCACCGACACCUUCAAGAGGGCCACAUACAUCCCGUCCUCUGAGGACGUGCAGCGCUUCUUCCAGGUGGUGAGUUACAUGGUGGAUGCGGAGAACCGGGACAAGUGGGAGGAUGCGCAGCAGGUCUCGCCUGGCUCCGUGCACCUCAUGAAGGUGGUGGAGGACUUCAUCCAUCUGGUGGGGGAUGCGCUGAAGGCUUUCCAGAGCAACCUCAUCGUCACUGACAACCUGGUGAUCAGCAUCCAGCGGGAGCCCGUCACCGCUGUCUCCAGUGACAUCAACUUCCCGAUGAAGGGGCGCCGGGGCAUGAAGGAUUGGGCCCGCAGCUCCGAGGACAAGCUCUUCAUCCCCAGGGAGGUGCUCAGCCUCGCCUCUGCCGAAGCGGAUGAAUCGUCCCACUUCGUCAUCGGGGCCGUGCUGUUCCGCACGCUGGGGCUGAUCCUGCCUGCGCCCAGGACGCCCCUGGCCGUCACCUCCAAGGUGCUCAUGGUGACCGUGCGCCCUCCGACCAAGCCCGCUGAGCCCCUCGUGCUGGUGGAGCUGUCCCACAUCAUCAACGGAACGUCCCACCCGCAGUGCGUCACCUGGGACUACUCAAGGACGGAUGCUGGCUUGGGAAACUGGGACACGGAGAGCUGCCAAACCCUGGAGACCCUUCCGGCGCACACCAAGUGCCAGUGCCGCCAGCUCGCCACCUUUGCGGUCCUUGCCCAGCUGCCCAGAGACCUGGCCAUGGACUCCUCGAGUACCCCAUCCGUGCCGCUGAUGAUCGGCUGUGCUGUGUCCUGCAUGGCCCUGCUGACACUGCUGGUGAUCUACGCUGCCUUCUGGAGGUUCAUCAAGUCGGAGCGCUCCAUCAUCCUGCUCAAUUUCUGUGUGUCCAUCCUGGCCUCCAACAUCCUCAUCCUUGUGGGGCAGUCCCAGAUGCUCAGCAAGGGUGUGUGCACCAUGACAGCCGCCUUCCUUCACUUCUUCUUCCUCUCGUCCUUCUGCUGGGUGCUGACGGAGGCCUGGCAGUCCUACCUGGCAGUGAUCGGCCGGAUCCGGACACGCCUGGUCAGGAAACGCUUCCUGUGCUUGGGAUGGGGGUUGCCAGCCCUCGUGGUCGCAGUCUCUGUUGGCUUCACACGGACCAAAGGCUACGGAACAGCAAGCUACUGCUGGCUCUCGCUGGAGGGCGGUUUGCUCUACGCCUUCGUGGGACCCGCUGCUGUCAUCGUGCUGGUGAACAUGCUGGUGGGCAUCAUCGUGUUCAACAAGCUCAUGUCCCGCGAUGGCAUUUCAGAUAAGUCCAAAAAGCAGCGAGCUGGCUCCAAGCCCCCCCCCUGCGGCAACCUGCUGCUGAAAUGCACCAAGUGCGGCGUGGUGUCCAGCGCGGCCAUGACCUCCGCCACCGCCAGCAGUGCCAUGGCAUCGCUGUGGAGCUCCUGCGUGGUCCUGCCUCUGCUGGCGCUGACCUGGAUGUCGGCCGUGCUCGCCAUGACCGACCGGCGCUCCAUCCUCUUCCAGGUCCUCUUUGCCGUCUUCAACUCUGUCCAGGGCUUCGUCAUCAUCACCGUGCAUGGGUUCCUGCGCCGAGAGGUCCAGGACGUGGUGAAGUGUCAGAUGGGGGGGUGCAGGAGCGAGGAGAAUGAAAACUCGCCCGACUCCUGCAAGAAUGGGCAGGUUCAGAUCCUGACAGACUUUGAAAAGGACGUUGACCUGGCGUGUCAGACAGUGCUGUUCAAGGAGGUGAAUACCUGCAACCCUGCUACCAUCACGGGCACCUUAUCCCGCAUCUCCCUGGAUGGGGAUGAAGACCCCAAGCUCAACACCACCUCAGAGGGAGGCCUGGGCUUCUCCAGCCUGCCAGGAAACAUUCCUCCCUCCAGCAUCCUGGUCCAGGUCCCCAAGAUGACACCCAAUGUGGUGGCGGGCUUGGGCGAGCUGGGGGAACCCCCGGCGCAGCAGCUGGGUCUGGAGGCACCAGGUCCCGUGUACCUGUGCACGGAGAGCAGCCUGCGGCCGCUGGAGUACGGGUGGCUGCGGGCCCCUGAGCCCCCCCGCGAGAGUGACUACAUGAUGCUGCCGCGCCGCACCAGCAGCCUCAAGCGUUUCCCACGGGAUGAGAGCACUGAGGAAGGGGUGCCCGGCGGGACGGGGCGCCCGGCAGCUGAGGGUGAUGCCUACCCCAGCUUCGUUGCGGUGGAUCACGUCAAUGUGAACUUGAACCAGCCCUACGGCACCGUGAAAGCUCCCUAUGGCCUCCAGUUCAAGCAGCAUCCCACCGUGCGGCAGAUCCUGGCCUCGGAGCUGUCAGAGCGCAGCCGCACCAUGCCCCGCACCGUGCCCGGCUCUGCCAUGAAAGUGGGGUCCCUGGAGAGGAAGAGGUUGCGAUACUCAGAUCUGGACUUUGAGAAGGUGAUGCACACACGGAAGCGCCACUCUGAGCUUUACCAUGAGCUCAACCAGAAGUUUCACACACUGGACCGGUACCGAGCCCCGGCUGCCGGAUCCUCCAAGCGAGAAAAGCGGUGGAGCGUCUCAUCGGGUGGCGGGGAGAAGAGCUUGGCCAAUGAUGCGGCCAGCCCCAAGGAGCAGCAGCUCCAGGCACCAGCAGCGCCACCGAAGCCCUGGAGCACAUUCAAGGCGAUGACACUGGGGUCCCUGCCCAGUGCCCAGUGGGACCGGCUGGAGCUGCGAUGCGCUGACUGGGGGGGGCCCUGUGCCGGCCUGGAUGUGGCCGAUGGUGACUUCCAGACCGAGGUGUGAGCCCCGUGCCUGGCACCACUGUCUUGGACCAGCCAAGAUGCUGCGUUUGCUCCAUCAUCCGCGGCGGCCAGGGGCCCUUGUGUGGCCAGAGCCAUUCCCAUGGGACACACCGAGCUCCCCCCGGCUGCGGCCGCCUCCUGUCCGUCCUUUGCGUGGUUUCUCCUCCUGCCACCCUCCGGAUGCGGGUGCGGAGGGGACACGUGCACCCCCCUGCCCAUGCUCACCCCACUGCUCACGCCUGCACCCCCCGGGGCAGGUCCGGCCGUCGAGGCCGUCGGAUCCUCAUUUCUUUUGUACCGGGAUGUUUCUUCACGCCGUGCACCGUGUGCACGCGAGCGGCCGCCCCCGGCGCCCCGUCCCAGCCCUCCCCACCAUCCCUCCCCACGGGGAAGGUGCUGUUGUUGUUGGAAAUAAAAGUUCACUCUCUGUGGU